GGAGGGCAAAUACAAGAACAACGUGCUGAUCACGAGCCAGAAGAAGCGGCACCUGUUCCUGAUCCGCUCCGCCAAGUUCCGGGAGCGGAUAGACGCGGCGGUCGACUCCGCCCAGCGCUCCUCCAAGUACGCGCUGCAGAAGGCGGACAUUGCGAUAUCGCGCACGGCGACCGCGCGCGGCAAGGCGGAGCUGGCCGAUUCGGCCGCGGACGAGGCGCGUACCGAGUCCGACCUGGCGACGCGGCUCGCCCGCGAGCUGGCGCCCGACUUUAAUCCGUCCCUGCUGGAGCGCUUUGACCGGUUGCAGCGCAACCGGGGCUACCCACUGCCGGACAGUAUGAACCGGGGUGGCCAGGACGAGUACGGCGCGGUGCAUCGUCAGCAGCAGCAGCAGCAGCAGCAGCAGCACAGCCAGUUCGCCAGCAAGAAGGAGCAGGAGCUGGCGAACAUGAAGAACGCCCUGAACAGCCCGUUCGGGAUGGGUGGGCCGGCGAACCAGCAGCAGCAGCAGCAGCAGCAGCGCCUGUCCGCCUACUACGACCAGAAAGGACCAAACGCUGGCUCGAUGGGUGGUGGACCAAAUGGACCACUCGGUGGCACCGCGGGAAUCCAGCAUUCGUCGCUGGGCGGUGUGCACUACUCGCACGACCUGUCCGGCCAGAGCGUCGGCUCGCGGUUGAUGGGCGACGACGGACUGCAGUCAAUGUACGGCAAACCGUCGUCGUCGUCGUCGGCGGCGGCGGCGGCCGCAGCCCAACAGUACGGUGCUUCCGCAGGCUACUACGGCGGGGCGAACAAGCAGCCCGCGGGCAUGAUGGCGAACGCGUCCAAGUUUUCCUACGACCAGAGCUUACCGCCGCGGGACGACCCGAUGCUGGGCGGUGGUGGUGGUGGUGCCGGUAGUGCGGCCACCCCCAGACGAACGUCCCUGUACGGCGAGCCGAGCAAGCAGAUGAACUCCCGGCCGGCGCCGUCGCUCGGUGCGAUCGGCAGCCAGUCGUCGAUAGACUACUUCGACCACUACAAGCGGCCGCCGAGCAGGGACGGGUCGGUCGAUCGGUACACGCGCGCCGCCAGCAAGCUGGGCGGCGGGCUCGGCUCGCGCCAACCCUCCGUCGAGAAGACGGGCCCGGCGUACGGGGGAGCGAGUGGGGCCGGGUUCGACGCUGCCGACGCGGCCGACCGGGUCAGCAGUAUGCGGCGCGGCUCGCAGCUCGGCUCGGCGCCCAACGGCUCCAUCCCGUCGGCAGUGUCCAAUGGCAGUGUGCGGCCGGGCUCGCGGGCAACCACACCGCUGCACCAGCUGCACACCGCGGACAGCCUGGGCCAGCAGCAGCAGUCGCAGCAACCGUUCGAGGAUGUGCUGCUGCGGCAGCGAACCCUCGGCCAGGACAUUAUUCCGUCGCUGACGCAGCCCAAGCGCACCGAAAGCCUCUACCUGUCGAAACCGGCCAUCAACAGCGUUCCGAUGGGUGGCGGUGGCUUCGGCGGUGGUGGAGGUGGUGCCGGUGGAGGUGGCAUGAGAUCGAGAGGUGGUGGUGGAGGCGGCGGCGGUGGCAACGGUAUGGCAGCGUUUAGCAGGGAGCCCAAGAGUAUUCCAGUAAAUGCAACUCUACAGAGGAAGAAAUCAUUACCAGACGUACAACAGCUACCGUUCGCGACCGGUGCCAUGAGCCGCGAGGAGGUAUCGAUCCUUGGUUCCGCCCGCCGCGAGGAGGUCCGGCGACUGAGGGAUGAGCAGGAGCGCUUACGAGUUAAUCCAUUGUUGUAUCUGGUCAGUCCACAAGUGAGGGAUUGGUUCUCGCGCCAGCAACUGGUCAUGCUAGUGCUGAUCGUUAAUAUUGCCUUGGCUAUUUUAUUCUUUAAAAUACUCACAUAGCGUUGGCUCAGUCCAUGUUUGCAUUUCAGCAUGUUUCUAAGAGAGGUGGCACUAUAGAAUAGCCGGAGGCAGAAAUGAGGAUAAUAUUUAAACGAACAUUAUGGGAUAACUCUUGUCGCAGCAGGACGCUACAAAGUAGAAGAAAAAGAAGAAAACCCGAACCAAAAUAUUACAAAGAAGAAAAAAAAACAAAGCAAAAAUAUGAAACUCUUGCCUCCCCCCUUAGAUCAAGAUAACACACACACACACACACACACACACAAACACAAUCAAAUUAUACAACCACAUACACAAAAAACACAACCACAAACCGACAAGUGUAACCAUUUUCCGCCCGCUGCAUCUUUGCAAUUGCAGACCAAUUCAACGUGUUUUUCUGUUCUAGUUUUUUGUUUAAAUAAAAAAUUGUUUUUGAACGACGGACGACCUCGGCCGAGGGAUGGGAAAUCACAACUGUGUCGGCGCAGCAGCAGCAGGACAAGGUGAUAAAGGAGCGGUGUCCCGAGCAAACGUGUUAAGAAAGUGAGGCAAUCAAUUAGUGAGCAUGGCAUGGAGAUGAAAUCAAUAAAAUUGUGUAUCUUUGUGCAUCAAUCAUCAAUCUAACGCAAUUACGAUCCAUCCUUUACCUACGUAAAAUAUUUAAAAAGAAAGCGUGAAAGGAGGAGAAGUGCGGCGUUUGUCGAAGGCCGCAGCAAAAAUGGCACAGCUGAGGAAGGUGACGAACGCGGAAUUAAACCAAAAACAAAACAAAAAAGCCACACGAGUCAACCGGCAUCGGCACGACCUGUGAUUGCUGUAGAAUUGGAAAGAUGGAAAGAUCUUAAAUAGAAAAGAAAAUAGCUAAGAAAAAAAAACCACACAACAACUAAAAAAACUUUGCAAAACAAAUCAAUGAACCAAGGUCCCGUUUCUAGUUUGGAGCCGUAAAAUAAGAAGGAAGAAAAUUGGAAAAUUUGGAAAAAAGAAAGCAAAAAAUAACCCAGCAUGAAAUGCAACUAAACCAAAAGGAUUAGCAAACAACUUCGAUCGAACGAGUAGAAGAUUAGGGAAACAAGAAACAGGCGGAACAGAGCGCGUGUACGAGGAAAAGCAUGAAAGCGAUGUAAAGCGAAAAGGAAAGCAGUAGUAAAGUGGCGCGCCGCCAAAAGCAAAAAAAAAGCGGACGCAGGACGCGCGAACCAAUAUGUGUAGCCGAAAAGCAGUCGAAAAACAGGAGUAAAACCAAACUAAACCAAAACCAACUAGAUAAAUCAAUUGUAAAACCGGACACAAAUGUUGUUGCGCGCAGGAAGGAGAAAGAGGAGGAAAAUGAGAAGGAACUUUGCAGCAGAUGCGAAAGCCAAAUCUUACGAAAACUUUGUUAACAUAAUUUUUAGCAAAAAGAAAAGAGAGGAGCGAAUCUAUCGUCGUGUAACGUAAGCAGUAACGCGUGAACGGGGAAGUGGAAUCAAAAAAGUCCUGGAUCCUGUUUCAGACUAUUUCUUUCGUUUUUUCGUUUCUGUACCAAAACCACAGGAAUAUUCAAAUUUGCUUAAGGUCAAGCUCUUAAGAUUCUAAUAAACAAAAAGUAUGUUGAA